AUGGAAGCGAGAGUGAUUUCUUGCACAACUUUUGGAGACGACAAGGUCGUGAAGAUUGCUGUAUCGGAUCAUCGAACAAUUGCCAAGUACAAAGCCGGAGAAAACGAGACGACCAUUGUAGUUUCCGAUGAUUCUUGCUCGAACAAAGAUGUCGAAGAGAUUAAAAAAUGUUGUGAGAAGCUCGGUUACGUUUACGAAGGAAGACUUGACGAAGAAUACACUCAAACCAACACCGGACCCGGUUUAGUCUGA